GAAAAAACUACAACUCCCGGUAGACUGAUGUGUGCGGCGCAGUCUGUGACGUCAUCAGGAGACGCUCACAGUCCCGUUUGCUCCGUGGAGCGUCCUCCUGUCUGCCUUCACCGGCGUGUCCGUCCCUGGAGAAGAGUCUGAGACACUGAGACACAGAAGCAUCACCGAUGGCCUCUCCGUUGAAAGUGUGCAUAGUCGGCUCCGGAAACUGGGGCUCAGCCAUUGCCAGGAUUAUUGGAAGUAAUGCCAUGUCACUGCGUUUUGCCACCACAGUGAAGAUGUGGGUGUAUGAAGAAAACAUUAAUGGUAGAAAGCUCACUGAAAUCAUCAACACAGAGCAUGAAAACAUCAAGUACCUACCCGGAUACAAACUGCCUGAGAAUGUGGUGGCUGUCCCAAAGCUCCGUGAUGCUGCAGAGGGAGCUGACCUGCUGGUGUUUGUGGUCCCUCACCAAUUCAUCCGGAGUCUCUGUGACGAGAUGGUGGGUUGUGUCUCUACCAAAGCUCGGGGAAUCACACUCAUAAAGGGUAUAGAUGAGGGUCCUGGGGGCCUGAAGCUCAUCUCUGACAUCAUUCGGGAGAAGAUGGGGAUUGACGUCAGCGUCCUCAUGGGAGCAAACAUCGCCAAUGAAGUGGCAGCUGAGAAGUUCUGUGAAACCACUAUUGGCAGUAGGAUUCUGGAGAAUGGUCUGCUGUUCAAAGAGCUGCUGCAGACUCCAAACUUUCGGAUCACAGUGGUGGAUGAUGCUGAUACAGUGGAGCUGUGUGGAGCUCUGAAGAACAUUGUCGCGGUGGGUGCAGGCUUCUGCGAUGGGCUGCAGUGUGGUGACAACACCAAGGCUGCUGUGAUCCGUCUGGGGCUGAUGGAGAUGAUAGCCUUUGCUAAACUCUUCUCCAAGAAUGGCUCUGUUUCCACAGCAACCUUUCUUGAGAGCUGCGGUGUGGCUGACCUCAUCACUACGUGCUAUGGCGGCCGUAACCGACGAGUGGCAGAGGCCUUCUCUAAAACGGGGAAGAGCAUCGAGGAGCUGGAGAAGGAGAUGUUGAAUGGUCAGAAGCUCCAGGGUCCUGCUACUGCAGCAGAGGUUCACCACAUCCUCAAACAGAAAGGCCUGGUGAACAAGUUCCCUCUGUUCACAGCCGUCUAUCAGAUUUGUUUUGAGGGGAAGCCGGUCAAAGGGAUGAUCUCCUGCCUGCAGAGCCACCCAGAGCACAUGUGAUCACCUGGUGGGUCUCACAGGGGGCUGCUGAGGGGCUUCGCUCAGCAUCUUCACACCAGGAUCAACUUAGCAUUAGUAACUAACGCUGUCAGAAAAAAGAAAAAAGCUUUGUUUUUGGACGGACCCCUGUGAUUCUGACAUCUGCAGUGGGUUCUGUUCAGAUGUUGUAGGUUUUGAAAUAUCAACCUUACUCCGCAUGUAAAAGACAAGUUCCUCAAUUCCAUCAAUUCAAGUUAGACUAAUAUGGACAACAAGAAGUGGAAAACAGGUUUUUAUUUGCGUCAGUAUGGGAGAACUGAUGUCAAUGUUAAAAAGUCUGACAUCUCCAUAAGCUGCAUAACUAUUGGAAUGAGGACAAAUCCAACUGAGGUGUAACGUAGCAAAGCUGAUAUGACCUGCUGUGCUCAACAGCCCAGUUUAGAUAUUUGACAGUCUUGCUGCCCUAUCAACACCACUAACUGCACUGCAAAAAAGGUGUGUCUAAAAACAAGAUAAAACCACUAAAUCUGAGGGAGAUUAUCUUGCUGCAUGGACAGAUAAUUUCACUUUGACAAGAUUUCUUCAAAUAAGAUUGUAAAAUCUAGAAAUAAGCAUGUUGAACACUUCAAAAAAGGAGUGAACUCUUACAACAAGAUGAAUUAUCUAACACUUGUAAAUCAAAGUUGUUGUUUUUUUUAUCUCGGUAAGGACCAAAUAAUUUGCAGUGUGUGUCUGUCCCAGCAACUCUCUGCUUUGAAGUAUUCCCUUCUCAGCUAUCACAAUAAUACCUUUUCUAGUUUGGGUAGACUGAAUUGUUGAUAUCCUAUACAGAGGAAGGAGAACUGAACCUCACCAUGUAUCAGCAUGCUUCUUCGUAGUUUGGAUUUGAAUUCAACAUAUGAACAGGGUCAGCUGUGUGCUGCUCUGUGUUUCUCUGACCUAGAGUGUUUCAACCGUUUUAGCCAAUACACUCCCUCCGUCUUCUCCUGGCUGAUACAGUCACAGAGCUGGCACCGUUCCAGUGUAGUGUUCCUCAGUCAUAAAAUACACUCACACCACACAAGGUGUUCACUGAUGCUCAGUAAUGUCUGUUUCCAGGUUUGUGACCAAAUGUUGAAAUGGAACCUGACCUUUCAUUCUAUGACAGUUUAUUUGUUAACCAUAGAGAGUGCUCCAUCACUUUCUCAAAUAUCAACAGACAGGUGCUGCCCAUUACUUGAUAUGACUAAGAGUGCUAAUUGUUUGUCUUUUUGUGGACACAAGUGUGAGACUGCCACCAGGGAAGAGGAUUAAGGCCAGGUAGGAGAAAAAAUAAUGAGAGGAGGGGAAAAAAGUCAACUUUUUGAGUUGGGUAAAGUAGACUGAAAGCUGCAACCUGGUUUCCAAAACAUUUUUUUUUAUAUAUACAUAUAUAUGUAUAAAACAAUGUUCCUCUGAUUACUUAUUGACACUAGCCUGGGUAUACCCAUACUGCCUUGCACGCUCAAAUUUCAUUUCGAACCUCCAGGUAUCUCAUUUGUGAUUAGUCUGGUGUUAGCCAGGCUAUAUUGACACGGGAACAACAAUCUUUGAACGUCUUUCUAACCUAACCAAACUCAAAAAGUUGACUUUAUUCUCGUCAUUUUCAACUUUUUUCUGGUCAUUUCAACUUUUUUCUCAAACUGCAUAAUGAAAAAAAUGUCCUCGUAAUUUUUUUUUUUCUCCUACCAUGCCCCAAUCCUCUUCCUUAUGCUUCUGUGUCAACUGAUGCUGAUGCUCUUUAUUUUCGUCCUGCACAAUUCUAAUGGACAAUGAAUUAUGACAUAUUUUUCUCUGUGUUUCAGUAUUUUAUAACUUCACAGGGUUUAUAUUCAUAUGUUUUCACUGACACUCAGGUAAACAUACAGUAAAAACGGAAUCCCAAUUUUAAACAUUUUUAAAAAUAUAUAAAUAAAGCAUCUGGUUUUAUGACAAAAUAUCUGAAAAAAUAUCAUCAAGCACUAAAAAUCUUAAUGUUUUGACUCUAAAAUGCAUUAAAUCUGUAUGGGUACACGAGUUAUGAAACCUACAGUAUGUUAAUGAUGCCUUUGAAUAAACCAGCAUUAACUCAAUGUUAAAUAUAUCAGGCAUUGUUCUGUGAGCUUUUCUUUUAAACUGCCAAAGUGUUGCCAAGUAAUACGUAGUCAUAAAGACUAUGGAGCUCUUUCUAUGUAAUUGUUUGGUUAAGUCUCCUCACAGUGUUCUUUGGACUGUCACUCUGAAAAGCUCAUAAAGCUCUUUACGUGAGGUGAGGAUUUACCACCAGCCUUUUAUCCUGUAAAAGUGGAACACAGACUGUGAAAACAUUUCCAUUAAAAGAUUAAUCUCACCUU